CACGAGCUGCGAAAGGACCGGAUCGUCGGCGAGGGCGGCUACUCGUGCGUUUACAAGGUGACGGACGUGCGGACCAAACGCGUGUUUGCGCUGAAGCAGCUGCGGAAGGGCUUCGUGGCGGCGCUCAACCUGGCGGAGCGGGUGCUGCUCGAGAAGGUUGCGCACGACGAGCUGCGCCACCCCUUCAUCUGCCGCCUCUUCACCACCUUCCAGGACGCCGACUGCCUCUACUUUGUGCUCGAGCUGGCCGAGGGAGGCGACCUGUUCGACAUCAUCGAGCGGCAGGGGGGCUCGCUGCCCGAGCCGUGGGCGAGGCACUACCUGGGCGCGGUCUCGCUCGGCAUCCAGCACAUGCACUGCCAGGGCUUCGUCUACCGCGACCUCAAGCCCGAGAACGUGCUGAUUGACGCAAAGGGGUACGCGCGGAUCGCAGACCUCGGCUACGCAAAGCGCAUCUACCAGACGCGCACGUACUCGACGCUCGGGACGGACACGUACACGCCGCCCGAGCUGGUUCGGGGCCACGGCCGCACCAAGGCGGCCGACUGGUGGGGCUGCGGCGUCCUCCUGCACGAGAUGGUUGUCGGCGAGCCGCCCUUCACCGGCGCGAGACUCGCGCGGCCGCUCCACCGUCCGGCGGCGGACCUGAUCGCGGGGCUGCUGCACUGGGAGGAGACUGCUCGCAUCGGCACCGAGUCUUUCCGCGCCGUCCAGGAGCACGAGUGGUUCGCGGGCUUCGACUGGGUCGCGCUACUCAGGCGCGAGCUGCCGCCGCCG